GAGGGAGCGAGGCGGCGGGCGGCUGACGGGGCGGCCGGCGGGCCUGAGCGCUCGGCUGCGGCGGCGUCUCCAUGGGGUCGGCGUGAAGCGGUCCUGCGCCCCGAGUUCGUUGUGUUUCAGAAGAUCAUCCAGAAACCAUGAACAGCAUUUGUCAUGAAGAGUUUGACUGCCAUUUCCUCGAUGAGGGCUUUACCGCCAAGGACAUUCUGGACCAAAAAAUCAAUGAAGUCUCUUCUUCCGAUGAUAAGGAUGCCUUCUAUGUUGCGGACUUGGGAGACAUUCUGAAGAAACAUCUGAAAUGGUUGAAGGCUCUUCCUCGGGUCACCCCCUUUUAUGCAGUCAAAUGCAAUGACAGCAGAACCAUAGUGAAGACCCUGGCUGCUGCUGGGACGGGAUUUGACUGUGCUAGCAAGACUGAAAUACAACUGGUGCAGAGUCUUGGGGUGCCUCCAGAGAGGAUUAUCUAUGCAAAUCCUUGUAAACAAGUGUCUCAGAUUAAAUAUGCUGCCAAUAAUGGAGUCCAGAUGAUGACUUUCGAUAGUGAAGUCGAGCUGAUGAAAGUUGCCAGGGCACAUCCAAAGGCAAAGUUGGUAUUGCGGAUUGCCACGGAUGAUUCCAAAGCAGUCUGUCGUCUCAGCGUUAAAUUCGGGGCCACACUCAAAACCAGCAGGCUUCUUUUGGAACGGGCGAAAGAGCUGAACAUUGAUGUCAUCGGUGUCAGCUUCCACGUGGGCAGUGGCUGUGCCGAUCCCGAGGCCUUUGUGCAGGCCAUCGCCGAUGCCCGCUGUGUCUUUGACAUGGGGGCCGAGGUUGGUUUCAACAUGUAUCUGCUGGAUAUUGGUGGUGGCUUUCCUGGAUCUGAGGAUGUAAAGCUUAAAUUCGAAGAGAUCACCUGUGUAAUCAACCCAGCCCUGGACAAGUAUUUUCCAUCAGACUCGGGAGUGACAGUCAUAGCUGAGCCAGGAAGAUACUAUGUUGCAUCAGCUUUCACACUUGCAGUUAAUAUCAUUGCCAAAAAACUGGUGUUAAAGGAACAAACAGGCUCUGAUGAUGAAGAAGAGUCGAGCGAAAAAACCUUUAUGUAUUACGUGAAUGAUGGAGUAUAUGGAUCAUUUAAUUGCAUUCUCUACGAUCAUGCGCAUGUGAAGCCCCUUCUGCAAAAGAGGCCGAAGCCAGAUGAGAAGUAUUAUUCAUCCAGCAUAUGGGGACCAACCUGUGACGGCCUCGAUCGCAUUGUGGAGCGCUGUGGCCUGCCCGAGAUGCAUGUGGGGGACUGGAUGCUCUUUGAGAACAUGGGUGCUUACACCGUUGCUGCUGCUUCUACUUUCAAUGGAUUCCAGAGGCCGACUAUCUACUAUGUGAUGUCAGGGCCGACAUGGCAACUGAUGCAGCAAGUCCAGGACCAAGACUUCCCGCCAGAGGUGGAGGAGCAGGGUGUGGGCGCCCUGCCCGUGUCCUGCGCCUGGGAGAGCGGGAUGAAGCGCCACCCGGCGGCCUGCGCUUCGGCUCAUGUUAAUGUGUAGAUGCCACUCUUGUAGCUGUUUGCGAGUGUAGCUUGACCUAAGGGAUUUGGGGGGAUUGUGUAACUUAAUUAUUGCUAGUUUUGAAAUGUCUUUGUAAGUAGGGUUGGCACAGAUGAACCAAUGUGGAAUGGCGGGCGAUGGGGUCACACUUACCUGUGUUCCUAUGGAAACUAUUUGAAUAUUUGUUUUAUAUGGAUUUUUAUUCACUUUUCAAACAUGCUCCUACAGAGCGCCCCUCAGUGGCCCAGCGAGCAUCUGGAGCUUGUACAUUGGCAGAGCAGGCCAGAACCUCAGAACCUUAAUGUACCCUGUUUUAAAAAUAAAAGUACCUUGAAAAUUA